AGAUGAUGACAACGUGGCGCAAGUUGAGUGUGUCUAUACAUGGAGCAGAGCAUUUUCUUCACUGUUCUCGCUUCGCCAGACGUUAAUGGCGGAUAGAGGAGCUCUUUCGUUACCGCGAGCUUCUACUUAUCUUAGUUUCUCAAACCUCCAUGUCUGGCGAUUCCACAACCCUAGAUCUUAUCCUCCCUCUCGUUCUCAACUCCUCUGUUUCUCUUCCUCAUGCUCUAGAGUAACUUCGGCGAAGAUAAUUCAGCUGAACCGCCGGAGAUUCAGCUAUAAAAUAUGCGCCGCCGCUGAUGACGGUAGGGGAUACCGUUUGACGGAAAGGGGAAAAAGGGGAAGGAAGCGGCGGGAGCUAUGGGAAGAACUUUUUGAAGAUAAUGUUGAAGACGAUGAUGAUGAAGAUGAUGGUGGUGGUGGAAUUGGUAGUGCUAAUUUUGACCUGUGGAAGAUCUUAGAGGAAAUUGUAGAUAAUGUUUGGAUUUUAAAGGCAUUCAAAUCGUAUGGAUAUCUCCUCCCAUUCAUCAUCUUAUCGCUUUUCUUCAGCACCGGACCCAAAGCUUUCCUCGUGUCACUAGCCGUAGCAAUCGGGCCAUCAUUGUUAUUUUAUGCGUUCCAGAAGUUGAUUGGUUGGGAUAAACGCAGAGGUACAUCAAUAGCAAAUCAAUUCGGGAUAGAGGAAGAAGAAGAAGAAGUGGAGAGAAGUAGUAGCAGGAUUCGAUACAACCCAUCAACCGUUAGAAACAAUGUCAAUGGCCGUGGAGUUAACCGUAGUUCAGCUGGAAUGGCUUCUAAGUUUGGUGGGUGGGACGAGUUAGACGGGCUUGGUACCACCAUUCCCGAACGGCCAACAAGCGAACCGAAGAAGAAACCGUUACCGAAGAGGAAGAGAGUAAGAAGAGAAAAGGCAGCAGAACCAUUAUUGUUGAGAUUGUUGGUGUCUUUGUUUCCAUUCUUAAGCACAUACACAAACAUGCUCAAGUGAAAAACCACUAAACCAAAACAAACCAAGUUGUUCAAAUUAAACCGAACCGAAAUUGGUUAAAAAUAGAGAAUAA